UCACCCAUGGAUAAUAUAUAUAGUUGAGUUGAGUGGGUGCGUGAGUGAUACAAGCCUUGUGAGUUGUAGCCACAAACAAACAUUUGUGGGGGGAUCAAAGGUUUCCUAGAUUAGAACAUGGACAACAAUAAUCUUGGGUACAGUCGUAGGAAGGCAAUUGAGGAACUUGUGAGAGGGCAUGAUCAUGCCAAACAACUUAGGAGUGUCAUCAAUGGGAGUUGUAGUGAUGAUAGGUCAGCCACCCCAUUUGCUGAAAAACUUGUGAAGGAGGUUCUCAUGUCCUUCACCAACUCCCUCUUGUUCUUGAACAACACCACCACUUCUGAACCCCAUGAUGCCUCUGAUGUCCAAGUUUGGGACUCUCCCAAAUCUGAGGACUCUCAAGAGAGUAAUUGCAAGACUUCCACCGUUAAGGAAAGAAGAGGAUGCUACAAGAGAAGAAGAACUGAGCAAACAUGGGAGAAGGAGUCUGAAGCUCCAAUCGAUGAUGGCUACCAAUGGAGAAAGUAUGGCCAAAAAGAGAUCCUCAAUGCCAAAUUCCCAAGGAACUACUUCAGGUGCACUCACAAAUUUGAUCAAGGUUGCCAAGCAACAAAACAAGUGCAAAAGGUUCAAGAGGAUCCAAUCCUUUUCAAGACCACAUACUAUGGCAUCCACACUUGCAAGAACUUGUCAAACCCUGAGAUCAUACUUGACCCUAUGUCCCCAUCUACCUCUUCCAAGUUCCUUAGCUUUGACAACUCCUUCCCAACUCCAUCAAACCAAGAGUGCCCCUUUUUCUCAUCCUCUUUCCCAUCAUCAGUGGUGAAAAGGGAGUGCAAGGAGGAGGUCCCUCCUUCAACUUCCUCCAAUGAUUACCUCAUCUCUUCUGAGCUCACUUUUGAUAGCUCACCAAGGCAUCAUGUCACUCUUUCAUCAACACUUGACUCAGAGUACAAGAGUGAGGACCUGGAUGUCUUGUAUGAUCAUGCUCACCUUGAUGAUGUCUUGAACCCUUCCUUGAAUUUUGAUAACUUCUCAUGUUUUGAUGUGUGACCCUUUUUUUUUUGUUAAUUUUAAUUUUACUUUAGUGGAGGCAGUGCUACCCAAGUUGUGCAAUAUAUAAUCUGUUUUCUUAGAUAAAUAUUGUAGCUAUAUAUAGCUUGGCUUCCAUCACUGUAAUAUCCGUCCUUUUCUUGUCCAUGUUAGCAUUUUCAAUGAAUGAGAAUUAAUAAUAAUGUUGAGUAAUUAUAAAUA